AAUUAACACAUCAUCGUAAGUAGCAUUCAUCUUCUGGCUCGCGAUGAAGAAUUUCGCCUACAAGGGCUUGAUGGCCCCAGUAUUUACAGCAUAUCACGAUGAUAAAGACAAAACCGUCAAUUAUGAAAUUAUUGAACCCUACGCAAAGUAUAUGAAGCAGAAGGGCGUCAACGCAGUUCUUGUCAAUGGCACCUCGGGGGAAGGAAUGUUGAUGACUGUCCUGGAAAGAAAACAAGUGACCGAGGCUUGGAAGAAAGCUUGUGAUUUGAACGGAAUUGUGCUGAUGGUGCAGAUAGGAGGUGCACCCUAUCCUGAUGUGGUUGAGUUGGCAAAGCAUGCCGAGAAACUCCAAGUAGAUGGAGUGCUUUGUUUGCCAGAGCUGUACUUCAAACCGAAAACACCCGAAAAACUGACAGAUUAUUUGAAAAACGUUGCCGUUUAUUGUCCAAACAUUCCAUUUUUCUAUUACCACAUACCGAUGUUUACAGACGUUAAUGUACACAUGCCAACGUUCUUGGAUAUGGCCGAAUUAGCGAUUCCAAAUUUUUGCGGCAUCAAGUACACCAGCGGUGAUUUAGAUCAGGGAUCUGGUUGCCUGAAACCAGGAAGAACGAUUUUCUUAGGUGCGGAUACCAUACUUUGCGGUGCGGUGGCCGCUGGAUUCGAUUCCUUCAUUAUGACCACUUUAAACAUUUGUCCAGAAAUUUCCAACGAAAUAAUCGACUGCGUCAAUAGUGGGCAGCUGGAUACCGCACGGGACAAGCAGAAACAGCUGAAUUUUAGAAUUUCGGAUAUUUUGAAACAUGGUGACUGGGUAACAGCAAUGAAGAAAGCUUUUAAUGAAAGUUGUAAUCUGAAUUUGGGAAACACUCGAGCUCCGUUGGCUUUUGAAUAACUAUGAUUAUACACAAUAAACCCCGAAGGACGAUCC